UGAUAUGAUGUGAGCUGCAAUUGUUGUUUGACGGGGAAGGAGGUGGGCCUGAUGGUUGUUGUUCGUCGACAAGAAAGGGGAAGGGCGGCUAGGCUCGACAGAGGGAGGGGGGAGCUCUGAUAGGGAGGAAAUUGGGGAAGAGGAAAGAAGAAAAUAGGUGACACGUGACAAGUUACUUUUAAAACAAAAUACUAAUUUUUCAAACCGGUAAAAAAAUUAUUUUGAGCAUAUACGGAUUAAAUUAAAGUGAGAUUGUUUUUAGAUUUCGAUAAAAUGCAAUUAUUUUGGGCAAAAGUAACAAAAAUGAGAUUAUUAAUUUCGAUUUUUUUUUUUUUUUUUUGUUGAUGUUGAGUCUUCGUGAGUUUGUGACCUAAGCCAUUUUUCUUAUUUGGUCUAUAUCUUCGACUUCUGACGUCCUUCAUCCUGAAGUACUUGAACCAAACCGUAGCUCAGAGUUGAGUAGAUUCCCCUCGCAACACUACCAAACAUCAUCCCGUGCUCCUCUUGUUCCUUUAUAUUUCAACACACCGUGCAUAAAUUCGUUCGAUCCCGCACUCAGCUCACUCAAUUCAAGAGAGAAAAAAAUGGCGAAACCUCGAAAACCCCCCAAAAAUGAAGCUUCCAAAUCCGAUUCUUCCUCCGCUGAAGCCCUCGUUCUUCAUCAGAAGCUUUGUCUUUCGAUUGACGUCAACAAUAAUCGAAUUCAUGGUUACACCGAGUUGGAGAUCGCUGUCCCUGAUAGUGGAAUUAUUGGCUUGCAUGCUGAGAAUUUGGAGAUCGAGAGAGUUUCUGUGGAUGGUGAGCCAGCAGAGUUUGACGUUUUCCCUCACUAUCAACCUGUAGAAAUUGAGAAUAGGUGGUGUUCUGUGUCAUCUGUCAGUUCUGCCGCGGAUGCUGCUGGUGUGACUUACAUAUCAGCCUUGGAAAGGGAAUUAGUUCCGAACCUGCUGAUCCUUUGCCGAAAGUCAAUUGACACAAGGAACCAACAGGAGGGACAACUGAUCCUAGAUGGCCUAGAAAAUGGGGGCCAAUCAAACGGCGAAGUGAAGCAGAAUGUAAGGUUGAUUAGAAUUGACUACUGGGUGGAGAAGGCAGAAGCAGGAAUGCACUUUAAUGAUAGUGUAUUACAUACUAAUAGCCAGAUAAGACGUGCACACUGCUGGUUUCCUUGUAUGGACGACAGUUUACAAUGCUGCUGCUAUGAUCUAGAGUUUACUGUUCCUCAUAACUUUGUUGCUGUUAGCAAUGGAAGGUUACUUUAUCAGGUUUUAAGCAAGGAUGAUCCUCCUCGUAAAACGUUUGUAUAUAAGUUGGAUGUCCCAGUCUCUGCACAGUGGAUAUCUUUGGCAAUAGCACCAUUUCAGAUUCUUCCAGACUAUCAUAAUAGCCUUCUUUCACACAUGUGUUUGCCGGGAAAUGUAUUAAAACUUCAAAACACUGUGGGAUAUUUUCAGAGUGCGUUCAGACAUUAUGAGAUUUACCUCAAAUGUCCAUUUCCAUUUGGGUCAUAUAAGCAAGUGUUUAUAGCUCCAGAGAUGGUAAUAUCCUCUGUGACUUUGGGAGCUUCAAUGAGUAUCUUUAGCUCUCAAAUCCUUUUUGAUGAGAAGGUUAUAGAUCAGACCAUAGACACAAGGAUCAAGCUUGCUCAUGCCCUUGCAAGACAGUGGUUUGGGGUAUAUAUAACUCCUGAGACACCAAAUGAUGAGUGGUUGGUUGAGGGCCUUGCUGGUUUCCUAACUGAUACAUAUAUUAAAGAAUUUCUGGGAAAUAAUGAAGCACGCUACAGACGGUAUAAGGCAAAUUGUGCUGUUUGCAAGGCUGAUGAUAGUGGGGCAACAACUUUGAGUCCCUCUAGCUCUCCGAAAGAUCUUUAUGGUACCCAGUCAGUUGGUCUUUAUGGAAGAAUUCGUUCAUGGAAAUCUGUGGCUAUCCUCCAAAUGUUGGAAAAGCAGAUGGGUCCAGAUUUGUUUAAAGGGAUUUUGCGAACUAUUGUUUCCCGUGCUCAGGAUGCUACUCGUUCACUGAGGACGCUUAGUACGAAGGAGUUCCGGCAUUUUGCCAAUAAGGUUGGUAAUCUUGAACGUCCCUUUCUUAAAGAAUUUUUUCAUCGUUGGGUGGAGACUUGCGGCUGCCCUAUCUUAAGGAUGGGGUUUUCUUACAAUAAACGCAAGAAUUUGGUUGAAUUGGCUGCUUUUCGUGAGUGCACAGCUACUCCAAGUGCAAUUACUGCUAAUACAAACAGUAACAUGGAUUCUGAAAAUCGGGAAGGCGAUAAUGGCUGGCCUGGCAUGAUGACGAUUAAGGUUCACGAACUUGAUGGUACACAUGACCAUCUCUUACCUAUGGCUGGUGAUGCUUGGCAGCUUUUAGAAAUUAAGUGUCAUUCCAGGCUUGCUGCUAAACGUCUCCAAAAGCCAAAGAAGGGUUCCAAACCUGAUGGCUCUGAUGACAAUGGUGAUACCGUUACCACUGUGGACAUACGCUCUGGGACAGAUUCUCCCUUGUUGUGGGUCAGAGCAGAUCCGGAGAUGGAAUAUUUAGCUGAAAUUCACUUCAACCAGCCUCUACAGUUGUGGAUUAAUCAGUUAGAGAAGGACAGAGAUGUUGUUGCUCAAGCUCAAGCAAUUGCAACACUGGAGGAGCUAUCAAAUAUCCCCUUCCCUGUUGUCAACGCUCUGAAUAAUUUUAUUGCUGAUUCAAAGGUCUUCUGGAGAGUCCGGAUUGAAGCGGCGUUUGCACUGGCAAAAGUUGCAUCAGAGGAGACUGGUUGGGCUGGUAUGCUUAAUCUUGUUAAAUUCUACAAAGCUAAAAGAUUUGAUCCUUCAAUUGGAUUGCCCAAGCCUAAUGACUUCCAUGAUUUUUCUGAGUAUUUUGUUCUUGAGGCCAUUCCACAUGCUGUAGCUACUGUGAGAACUGGUGAUAAAAAAAGCCCGAGAGAAGCUGUGGAGUUUGUCUUGCAAGUUCUAAAGUACAAUGAUAAUAGUGGUAAUCCUUACUCCGAUGUAUUUUGGUUGGCUGCUCUUGUUGAAGCAAUUGGAGAACUUGAAUUUGGACAACAGAACAUAGCUUUUCUAUCAUCAUUGCUCAAGCGGAUUGACAGGCUGCUGCAAUAUGAUAGGCUGAUGCCAAGCUAUAAUGGGAUCCUGACUAUUAGUUGCAUUAGAGCAAUAACGCAAAUGGCAUUGAAGCUUUCGGAAUUCAUUCCUCUUGAUAGUAUUUUAGAACUCAUCAAACCAUUUCAAGACUGCAAGGCAGUAUGGCAAGUAAGAAUUGAGGCUAGGAGAGCCCUUCUUGAUAUUGAGUUCUACUCUAAAGGCAUAGAUGCAGCAUUGUUAUUGUUCAUCAAAUUUCUGAAGGAAGAAUCAUCCUUAAGAGGGCAGGCAAAGUUGGGUGUACAUGUCAUCCGGCUGAGCCAAAUUAGUGCUGGGUCUGGAUCUAGUGAUGAUGUCAGGAGCCAAACUCUUGUGGCCUUGCUUCGUUUGCUUGAAAGCCGUGUAGCAUUCCGCAAUGUCUUUCUUAGGCAUCACUUGUUCUGCAUUUUACAAGUUUUGUCCGGCAGGCGCCCAACUCUAUAUGUUAUUCCCAGAGAUCACAUGCGUCAAACUGGCUAUGCAGAGAUUUGCAGUGAACAGAGGAAUACUUUCCUAGCUUUUAUCAAUCAAAUGAAGCCAGUGGAGCAUCCUAUUGAAAUUCAGAGCCCUUUUCAGGAUGGAAAUAUUGCUGAAGAAAUGUGCAAAGAUGUGGAUGCCAUUUCCAACAGUCAGGAGCAGAAAAUGCCAGUUCCGGAUGCAAUAGAUGUAGAUACUAUUUCCAAUACUCAGGUGCAUGUAGUACCUGCUUCAGAUGCAUUUGAAGAUGCUCAGGAAGCUGUUCAAGAUGCAGUUGCUGAUUCCAAUGUUCAGGUGCACAUAAUUCCAGCUCAGGAAGCUGUUCAGGAUGCAGUUACUGAUUCCAAUGUUCAGGUGCACAUAAUUCCAGCUCAGGAAGCUGUUCAGGAUGCAGUUACUGAUUUCAAUGUUCAGGUGCACAUAAUUCCAGCUCAGGAAGCUUUUCAAGAUGCAGAUACUGAUUCCAAUGUUCAGGUGCACAUAAUUCCAUCUCAGGAAGCUGUUCAAGAUGCAGUUACUGAUUCCAAUGUUCAGGUGCACUUUAUUCCAGCUCAGGAAGCUGUUCAAGGUGCAGUUACUGAUUCCAAUGUUCAGAUGCACAUAAUUCCAGCUCAAGAAGCUCCGAAGGAAGCAGAGACUCUCUCCAACAGUCAGAUGCAUAUAGUGCAAGCUCAAGAAGUUUCCAGAGAGGCAGAUGCUGUAUCCAUUAGUCAGGAUCGAAAGACAGCGGUUUUUAAAAUCAGGGUCAAACAAACAGCAAAUUCUAACAAAAGUGAAAAAAUUGACAUUUUGACUCAUGCCAAAUCUCAGGCUGGUCAUAAUGAAAUUCAUCCGGUAGCUAGCAGCUCUGUUUCUGUUGAUGCACCCCAGCAAAAUAUAACGGAAGCUGUUAGCAGAAGCAAUCAAAUCACAGAAGAAGUGAAUUCAUGCCAGGGUCGUGGGUCCCAUGUGACAGCCAGUAUUGGCAGCGCCAAGCUAGCUACAGAAGGUGAUGAGGUUGGGAAAGAGCUUUUGUGCACUGCUGAUUCCAGCGCCAUUCCAGCACUACAACAGCUUGAUGAUUGCUUAUCACCCAAUUUUUCCAAAGAUAAUCUUCUACAGGCUGAGGUGCACAAACAAGAAGUACAACAGUCACUGUCAGUUGCAGCUGAAGAGGUUGAUGUUUCACAGAGCACUGUAAAUCCAGAAUCGCAUGGGAAAAAGAAAUCAAAGAAGAAAGACAAGGAAAAGAAAAGAAAGCGGGGGGAUGAUCAUAAGAGCCACCGAGAUGAUCCUGAAUAUUUGGAGAGGAAACGUCUAAAGAAAGAGAAGAAGAAGAAGGAAAAGGAGAUGGCAAAAUUGCUGAAUGAUGAAAGGAAUGUUGUAUCUUGUGAUGGGCGCAGUAGAUUAGAAAAUGAGAAAAGAUUGUUUAGUAAUGACACAAAGGCUGUGUCAACUGAGUCUCUGGCUAAGAAUGAAGCACCUGCAAUGAACAUGGAAAGUAUUGAGCAUAGACCUUUCGGUCAGGAGAUACCCUUGGAGCCAACAUUAUCGAGAAGUAGGGACGAGUUUGAACACCAGAAGGACUCUGUUAGAUUAAAACCAGACGAACCUAAUGGACCAAAAUUAGUCCUUAAGGCAAGCGACAGUAAAUCUGGAGCACCUGGAGGAGGUGGUUCAGGCCACAAACUACGAAUCAAGAUAAAGACUCGAAAAUAAAACCCCCGUACAAGGUUGUAAUAACUACGAAACCUUGAAUGUAUGUUAAACUAUCUUCAACAGCCGUUGCAAAUGGUUUGUUCACGAGGGGACUGCCAUAUAGUGCAUUUUUCUUUCUAGUGGUUUGUUCCCGUUCUAAAUCAAUGCUAGCAAAGUUCACUUAUAA